AUGUUUUCCUCCUCUAAACAGUCAACAAGACUCAUUGAAACGACGCAAUCAUGCAGAAAGAUUGUCACUCUAAAUGAUGCCUCAGGAGAGAUAGAAAUCAAGUUCUGGGGAAACAAAACGUCUCUAAGUCCUUUUGAAGGGGGAACACAUCUUACAGUCACAGCAGUCAAAGUAGAUUAUUAUGCAGGGCGCUGCUCGUUAAAUUCAACACCAUCAACAGCAGUUCAGCUGAAGGAAGACUUUGAUAGUUUACAAGGCGAGAUAGAGGCAGCAUGUUUUGAUGAUGACAAUUUGUCCAUCAUGGUAGGAAACAACAUAUUCAACAUAAGUGACACCCUUCUGCGAAGAAUUUUUCCAAAUCUGAAAUUCUGUCCUGGAAAAACACUGAUGGCAAUUACUUCAUCUAAUCAAAUCACAGACUUGGUGGAGGUAAACAAUGAUCAUGAAGAUUAA